ACAGUCAUGACAGUCGUUGCUGCAUGCUGCAUGUUCUUUUUCGUUGCAGAGGUUUUGUGCUAUGCUUUUCCUUGUGCUAUGCUGCUAUGCAAUUGAAGCACACAAGAGAUCACAGAGCCUCUCGUUGGUCUCAAGAUUCCUAGACUUUUUCAAUGACUGAAGGCAUUUGUCUGCAAGUAAAGGUCAGUGUAGGAAAUCAGCGCUCCAGUGGCUUCAUGACGAACGAGGUUGUGAAGGUGGCCCUCGUUGGCCUUGGACGAGCGGGACACUUCCAUAUGCAGUCCAUCCUCCAACUUGCAGGGUCUGUCUCUUUGGCAUGGGUUAUUGACGUGGACGCAGUGAAGGCUGAGCGCAUUGCAGCUGAGAGGGGCUGCCACUGGUCCACUGAUCUAGAUGAAGCACUCCAAGGGCCAGAUGCCGUGGACGCCGUGAUUGUGGCAUCAGCCACCGACACGCACUUCCCGUACAUCAUGAAGGCGCUCUGUGCUGACAAAGCAGUUCUGGCUGAAAAGCCCAUCUCUCAUGAGCUGGCCGAGGUUGAAGAGGCCGUUGAACUAGCAAGGAGUAAGAACUUGGCCUCCGUUUGCGGAUACCAGCGACGUGCUGAUCGGCACUUUCGUGCACUGAAGCAAAGCUUGGAUGCAGGAGCCAUCGGGAACUUGAAGGUCCUCAAAACAUGCAGCCGUGACAAUCCCAUUCCUCCAAUGGAGUACCUCCGGACCAGUGGCGGAAUUUUUCAUGACAUGCUCAUCCACGACUUUGACAUGCUUGACUUCCUCGGAGGCCAAGUGCCGGAAGCCGUGACUGCCAUUGGCCACAGCUACCAUCCAGAAAUUCGAGCCAUGGGUGAUUUGGAUACUUGUGCAGUGAUGUUCAAGUAUUCCAGCGGCCUCAUAGCCAUGGUCGACACCAGCCGGGAUGCAUCUUACGGCUAUGACCAGCGCAUUGAGGCCUUUGGAGAACAAGGCAUGCUGAGUGCGAAGAACGAGCUGACGAACACCGUGGAACUGGCCACAGCAGACGGGCAUUUGAUGCCACCGGCCAUGUAUAGCUUUCCACAGUGUUACCUCCAAGCUUAUCGUUCAGAGUUGACGGCAUUCAUUGAGUUGGUUCAGGCCGGAUGUGAAAGUCAACUACACCGCCUGGAGCAAGAGGCCAUGCUGAGGCAUCCCAACAUUGUCCGCACCACCAUUGCUGCUGAGCUGUCAUGGAAUCUGGGCAAAACGGUUGCCCUGGCCGACAUUGUGUCCAAGAACCGCCAUGGUUCCGAGAUGUCGGAUCUGGUCUCCACGAGUUCGGGCACGGAGGAGCUUGAGUUCUAAGGAUUGCUGGAUGCAUCGCUUGGAUGCAUACCGUCGUUGCACCGUGAAGGGCAGUGUUGCCGUCGUGGCCGUGAGGUCGUAGCAACCCUGCCAUUUGAUUGAACGUGCCAUCAAAGUGUUGGCAGCGUCAGUCUAUCCACGUCUAUCUCACUUGAAGCAGUUGCUGUAAAGUUCCCUUGAUGUUCCCUUCCCAACUUUUGAAUUUGCCACUAGCCCAGGGGCCCAAGUCAAUCCAAUUCAGAUGUCAAGUGGCCUUGGAAGAAUCGACCCCCCAGGGUCUUGAGGCUUCUUUGAGGCCACGAAAUUCAUUGCAUUCUGGGCAGGGCGUGCAGUGAAUGACCGCGACCGACCAUUAUUUUGCACGCGCAGAUGACCGCGCCCGACCAUUAUUUUGCACGCGCAGAUGACUGCGACCAGCCAUUAUUUUGCACGCUCCGUGCUAACACCCUGACUCAGCACUUGCUGGACGAACAGGGCGCUAGGCACUUGAUUCUGCUGCCCGGUUUCAUGGCGUGAGUUCCAUUUGUCAUGUGAUGUGGCAAAAA